AUGGAAGCCAUUGGCAACAUGCACAGAAGUGUAAUCACAGGGCUGGAGUGCAUCCAAACCAAUACGGCAAAGAUCCUCCAGGACCAGGAGAAAGACUUGAUGCGUGCCUUCAGAGCUAGGCUGCAGGAGGUCUCCAAGGAUCUGGAGGCGCAGCGCAGCCGCAAAGGCGAACACUCCACAGAGCAGCAAGCACACCAUCGAAGGGUGGUUGCCGAGUUGCACAAGACGCAGGAGUUGGCUCAGACCUUUGACAAGAAGAACCAGCAACUGACAGCUGAGAACCAGAAGUCCGCUCCUCGAGUUCUCUGCUUCCGGCUGCAGGAGAAGCUGAGGACUCGCGAGGACGACCGCCAAGCACUGCUUCGUGAGCUCGUCCUUUCCAGGAAGGAGGUCCAAGCUCUGAAGCAGGCUGCGGGCAAGUCAGCCGGCGCCCUAAAGUUCAGCGAAGCGGAAGUGCCCGAAGCCAAGGAGGCCGAGCCGAAGCCCAGCAGGCUCGAUGAUGUGCACAAGGGAGCCGAGGCCGCGAGGAAAUCGAAUUUUUUCAUCGCGGCGCCUGGCCAGGAGCGGCGGACGGUCGUGGCACUGAAGCAACAGCAGGCAGACAUGCUGCAGCAGAGGACAGAGUUGGAGGUCCUGCUCCGACAAAGCCUGGAUGAUGUGAAGGCGUGCAAUGUAUUGGGGGGGUAG